UAGAUGCCCGCAGAUUUCCACUAAAAUCUCUUAGUUUGAUGUAUACAUUGGCACCAUAGCUUUUAUGUUUGACAUGAUGACAAAAGCCAGCAAAUGAUUUUGGUGUAUUGACGAAAUUAUUUCAAGAGCCGCGAGAAUAGCGGGCGAGAAAGAGGUAACCUGACUCUUCUACCGAGCAGCGUCUGUUAGUCCAUCAAGCAGAUCCACCAAAGGGACCACCAGUGCAUGACAAGGAACACAACCAGUCUCCAAAAGAAGUAUCUGGGUGUGUCCCUCACCCUUCCUGCCCACCUCAACUGACACCACCCCCUGACCCUUGAACCCUUACCUGCAAGAUGAAACUGAAAGAGGACAUGAACCCGCUGCUGCUGCAAGUCUUCCGCUCAGUGGUCUGGGUCUGCUCUUUCAUUACCUUCCUGCCAUGGUACUUCCUCUCGGGUGCCGGCACCAACCUAGACCGGGCACGGCGGGUCAAGGCGCGGUCAGUGAGCGGGCGUCCAGCAGGCCCUUACCGGGCGACCAACCGGGCGGGCGGUAUCCAUCAGAAGCUGGUGUGGUCCUUGCACCUGGGGGUGGACACCCUGGACAAGGUGAUGGUGCACGGGGCGACCAGGUUUCCAGAGAGGGACUGCCUGGGCACCAGAGAGGUGCUGAACGAGGAGGACGAGCUCCAACCCAACGGGAAGGUCUUCAAGAAGGUUAUCCUAGGGGAGUAUCAGUGGAUGUCGUACGAGGAGACCUACCAGGCAGCAGUGUGUUUUGGCAGUGGUCUGGCUGCGCUGGGCCAGAGGCCUCAGUGUAACAUCGCCAUUUUCUGUGAGACCAGGGCUGAGUGGAUGAUAGCAGCACAGGCCUGCUUCAUAUACAACUUCCCAUUGGUGACGUUGUACUCUACUCUGGGCGGAGCGGCCAUCGCCCACGGUCUCAACGAAACAGAGAUCACCCACAUCAUCACCAGCAAAGACCUGCUACACAGCCGUCUCAAGGCCAUCCUGUUAGAGGUGCCUCGGCUGCAGCACAUUAUCGUGGUGGACAGUAAGCCAACCAGCUGGCCUGGCUUCCCCCGCGGCAUCAUGGUCCACAACUUGGUCGCGGUGCAGGAGCUGGGCUCUAGACCCGACAACAUGGCGGUGGCACGCCGGCAGCCUCUGCCCUCUGACAUCGCUGUCAUCAUGUACACCAGCGGCUCCACCGGCAUCCCCAAGGGUGUGAUGAUCUCCCAUAGCAACAUCAUCGCGGGCAUCACGGGCAUGGCAGAGCGCAUCCCAGACCUGGAUGAGACAGACACCUACAUUGGGUACCUACCGCUGGCUCAUGUUCUGGAGCUCAGUGCAGAGAUGGUGUGUAUCUCUCACGGCUGCCGCAUCGGAUACUCCUCCCCACAGACGCUAGCAGACCAGUCGACAAAGAUUAAGAAGGGCAGUAAAGGAGACACCAGUGUUCUGAAGCCUACACUCAUGGCUGCUGUACCGGAAAUCAUGGAUCGCAUCUAUAAGAAUGUGAUGACGAAGGUGGAGGAGAUGAGCAGUGUGCAGAGAACCCUGUUUGUGUUGGCCUACAACUAUAAGAUGGAACAGAUGACCAAGGGCUACAGGACCCCGCUCUGUGACAGUCUGGUGUUUAGGAAGGUGCGCUCGUUGUUAGGAGGUCACAUGCGGGUGCUGUUGUCGGGCGGAGCGCCCCUUUCUGCCGCCACCCAGCGCUUCAUGAACAUCUGCCUCUGCUGUCCCGUGGGCCAGGGCUACGGCCUCACUGAGACCUGCGGAGCUGGCACCAUCAGUGAGAUGUGGGACUACAGCACAGGCCGGGUCGGAGCUCCUCUGGUCUGCUCUGAGAUCACCCUCAAGGACUGGGAAGAGGGCGGUUACUACAGCACAGACAAGCCCAACCCAAGAGGUGAGAUUGUGAUCGGCGGGCCCAAUGUGACCAUGGGUUACUACAAGAACGAGGUGAAGAACCGCGAGGACUUCUUCGUGGACAGCGACGGCCAGCGCUGGUUCUGUACGGGAGACAUCGGGGAGCUCCACCCUGACGGCUGCCUCAAGAUCAUCGACCGUAAGAAGGACCUGGUGAAGCUCCAGGCUGGGGAGUAUGUGUCUCUGGGGAAGGUGGAGGCCAUGCUGAAGAACUGCCCUUUCGUAGACAACAUCUGUGCUUACGCAAACAGUGACCAGUCAUAUGUGAUUGGCUUUGUGGUGCCCAAUCAAAAGCAGCUGACAGUGCUGGCGGAGCAGAGAGGGUUACGGGGCAGCUGGGAGGAGAUCUGUAACAACCCUGACAUGGAAAGAGACGUCCUCCGCAUCAUCACAGAGGCUGCACUGUCAGCCAAACUUGAGCGCUUUGAGAUCCCUAAGAAGAUCCGUCUUAGUGCAGAGCCCUGGACCCCAGAGACUGGCCUGGUUACGGACGCAUUCAAACUCAAACGCAAGGAGCUCAAAUCACAUUACCAGGAUGAUAUCGAAAGGAUGUACGGUGGCAAGUAACACACACACUCUCUCUAAGACACACACAGGUAAAGACAUAUGCAAGGAAUCUAAAAAACACUACCAAGAUGACAUGGAGACUGGAGAGGAUGUACGGCGGCAAGUUAAACACACACACACACAGAGAGAAGGAACGACCCAUUGUACUUCAACCUCUUGACUUCCCUUCCGACUAGUUACAAUCAAACGGAAAAUAACUCUGGAAAAUUACUGUCAGUCAAUCCAGACCCCCAACAAAGACGGAGAGGCCAAGCCAGUUGGAGCGACAUCCGUUGCUUCUCUUCAAAGCUUUUUCUGGGUCUGUGUUGCUAUGAUGACGGUGGCAUCGUUGACAUUCCCGGCGGACGCACAGGAAAUGACAAGUUUGUACAAAAGACUGCUUUGGCACUAUGUCCAUGCCCCCCCCCCCCCCUUUGGCAUGUGUGUGUAGUCCAGACACCUGAUGGGAGACUGGUUUGUUGUUGUGUUACUGUGGCCUGAGUCGUGUUCAUUAGGCACCAAACGGAAGAAAACUACCUGAAACAGGGACGACUACCUAAACGUGUCCAAUAAGAAACACUUGUUUUCCGUUGCAAAAUGUUUUGCAACAGUAAACACCAAUGAAUAUGACCCUGAAAAAGGAGGCCCUUCGGUUUAAAUGUCCCAUAUUCAGGUUUGAGUCUAUACAGGGAUCUCUUUUCUUGUGUGUUUUUUUGGAUGUAGUGAUAUUUGUUGUUCUGUUCAUGUUUCAUUACGGUUCUUUAACGUAUACGGUUUGUCUUCAUUCGCUUCCGAAGCCCAUUCAAUGAACAUCUUGUGUCUGAGAGAAAUCAGUGUUGCGAAGCCAUGAAAGAUUCUUUUUAAAGCAACUCGUGUUCUUAAUUUGCUUUUCUUAUUUUUCUGAACGGUUUGUUUCUCAUUUAUAUUGUUUUUUCUCCUGGUUCUAUUCUAUUUCUCUAUUGGUUCUAUUCUAUGGAAGAGUACGUGUUUAGUGAUUUGACUAGAUGAAGUCCUGUCACUCUUUUACUGUGUGUUAGUGAUGUAAUCUCCUUCUGGCUCUGUUCCUCUGUGGCUGGCUAUGGGCUGAUGUGCCUGGGUUGGCUCGUAGAACCUGUUUGUCAUAAAUAAUCAGUGUUGGGGAAACUACUCUGAAAAUAUAGUUUACCAAGUUACCAAUUACUUCAUACUGGAAGAAGUUAUGAUACACUAAAGCUACCCUUAAACUAUAUUCUACUUAACUGAAGUAGUUCACUACAUCCAAACUACUUAGUAAAAAGUUAGCAUAUCUAAAUCUGAAAUGUCAGUGACUACAAAUUGCAAGACAGAUCACUCGAGUCAGAUGUUAACAGAAUGUGUAAAUUAGCCUAUUAAAAACAAAAACUGUUUCAAGGGAUAAUUAGGCAGAUCUGAUGCUGAAAAAGAAAGGAAAUUAUUUUCUACUUCCGCCAUACUACAUUUGUGAAAAUAAAUAAAUGAUGUAGCCUAGUUCCAGUAGUUAGCUACACCACUACAUGGCAAAAAAAUGAUGAACUACUGAAAACACUACCUACAUUCGAAUUUAGUUCCCCACUAAACUACUGCAAAAUGCAGUUAAAUUACUAGUUAAACUACAUGUAGUUCACUUCUCCCCAACUCUAUAAAUAAUGUAGUCUGAUCCAAGAUCCUCUGACUAUUAUUGGGAUGUCAUGAGUUAACCAGAGCAAGAAGAACUGAUCUGGGACCAGGUUAGUAAUGAUGGUGAAGUGUCCAGGGUGGCUACAGGGAAGUAGGAUGAAGUUGCCCCCAAAGCUGAUCUAAGUUUUUCUUGUCUCCCCUAUGGUUGAGGUUAGGUUGUGGAGAGGAUAAGCUGAUCCUUGAUCUGUGCCUAAGGGCAACUUGUCAUCAUGGGCUGUCAAUCCUACUGAGGCUCUUAUUCAUUUCUAUCACUUAACCAGUGUGUGCGUGUGUGUAUACAUGCAUACAGUUGAAGUCGGAAGUUUACA